AUGAAUUUAGGGCUUAAGAGAUGUGGGAAGAGCUGCCGGCUUAGAUGGUUGAAUUAUCUCCGCCCAAACAUCAAGCAUGGAGGGUUUUCUGAGGAAGAAGACAACAUCAUUUGCAGCCUCUACAUAAGUAUUGGAAGCAGGUGGUCUAUAAUAGCGGCGCAGCUACCUGGAAGAACUGACAACGACAUAAAGAACUACUGGAACACAAGGCUGAAGAAGAAGCUUCUGGGAAAGCAGCGUAAAGAACUACAGCUGGCUCGCAGAUCAUCAUCCGGCCUGAUCAAACAAGACAUCAGAAGAUCAUCAGGGAGUGGCGGUGGAGGGAGUAACUCUCAUCCCAUGGUUCCGACCGCAGAUGAUCAAAGCCCUUACUGGCCAGAGCUGCCAGUGCUUGCAGUGCCAACAGUCCUACCUUACUCCCCAUCAAUUCAACAACAUCAACAGCAACAACAGCACCAGUCUUGUUUCAAUGACCACGCAUCCAUCAGAAAACUGCUCAUCAAGCUUGGAGGAAGGUUUAAUUCAGAUGACACAAAUGUUCAACCUAUCCAAGAUGGGCCCACCAUUAAUCUUCAGUUCCCACCAGCUCUUGACUCUCAAGUUUAUGAGCAACAUUCUUCUGCUCCUGUGGCCUUGAUCAGAAACAGCAAUGACAUCAUGGUCAGCUCUCAUCAUCAUCAAUUUGAACAAACCCAGUACAUGGUCAACAACAAUACAGAUGACAUAACUGGAGAUGGUAUGCACAUGUUUCAAGGGCAAAAUGGUAAUUACGUGACUGAUCAGCUUAAGGAAAUGGUGUACAACAACAUGAACCCACAAAGAUUAGAUGCGCUGGAGUUCCUAUAUGGGGACGACAUGACGAUGGUUAUGAAUGGUGAAAGUAUUGGGUGGGGUGAGAUGCAGCUGAUUUGUCCUCCUACACAUGUGGCCUCCUCCUCAGUCGACGGCGGCAGCUAUGAGCAGCAGCGACUGGUGCCUCAAGAAUUAUGUGGUUUCAAUAAUGGGUUGAGUAGCUAUCCUGCAGGGGAUCAAUAAAAUUAAAAGUGAUGAACAUCUUGUACAUUUGAUUGUAAUAAUAUUAUCAGAGAUUUGGUAGCAAUAGGGGUGGUGGGAAUUAAUGUUUUGUAGGAAAACCCUAAUAAGAAACCCAUUCAAUGAUAUGUCUGUUUUUUCUCUCCAUGAUUAUUGUCCUGGUAAUUGAUGGU